AUGACACCCACACUAGGCCGCGAAACAACCGGCACCGGACUCGUCACCGCGUACGCCCCCCACAUCGCCGGGAAAACAAUCCUCGUAACCGGCGUCUCCCCCGGCGGUCUCGGCGCGGCUUUCGCCCAAGCAGUCGCCGCCGCCUCUCCGGCCCUCCUCAUCCUCGCGGGGCGCAACACCACCAAAGUCCAACAGACCGCCGACGCCAUUACGUCAUCAUACCCGGCCAUUGCUGUAAAGACGCUUCAGCUGGACCUGGGCUCGUUCAAGAACGUACGAGCGGCUGCGGAGACUGUGAAUGGGUGGGAGAAUGUACCGCAUAUCGAUGUGUUGGUGAACAAUGCGGGCAUCAUGGCUGUGGACUGGAGCAAGACGGAAGAUGGAUUUGAGAGCCAGUUUGGAACGAAUCAUCUGGGUCCGUUCCUGUUCACAAACUUGAUCAUCAAAAAGAUUCUUGCUGCACGGGAGCCGAGGAUCGUGACGGUCAGCAGCGACGGGCACCGAUUGAGCCGUAUUCGUUGGACGGAUUACAACUUCAACGACGGCAAGCACUACAACAAUUGGAUCGCGUACGCGCAAUCCAAGACGGCCAACUGCCUGAUGGCUCUCUCCCUUGCGGAGAAGCUGGGCAACAAGGGUCUCCUGAGCGUCAGUCUGCACCCGGGUGUCAUCUUUACCAAUCUGGGUAACCACCUGGAAAGCUUUGAUUCACUGCGAGAGGUAGAAAUCACCAUGGGCACCAAGAACAUGUGGACAGAAUUUCACCCAAAGACGGAAGAUCAGGGCAUCGCCACCCAUGUGUACGCUGCAUUCAGUCCUGAUAUCAAGAGUCAUAACGGACAGUACUUCAAUGAAUGCCGCAUCGCCGACCAGUACGAUGAGGAGAUAUACCCCUGGGCGAACAACGAGAUUGAGGCGGAUAGGUUGUGGAAGUUGAGCGAGAAGCUUGUUGGCCAGGAGUUCAACUACUGA